AUGGCAGCAUUCGAGUCCCUAGGCGGAACUAUACUGUCAAAUAUCCCGAAAGAUCUCAUCUGGGGCUUUCUCGCUCUCAAUCUAUGUGCUUGUCUUGUUGUCUUUGUGUCGAGGAAAUUGACAUCUGGUAAAAGCGCCAGAGCUUCUAGUCCCGACCUAGAAAAGCCUGCUGUCGGUGUGAGGGGGAAGGUUACCAGGCCACCUGGUGGUAAGGACAUGAAAACAUUCCCUCUGAGGAAUGAAAUUGACCAACUGUUUCUGCAGAAUGGACUCAAUCAAACUUUAAGCGGCCAACAGCAUCACCAUACACAGACUGGGACGUCCAUUCGACCAAGCCUCUCCCCUAUCGGCCUUUCCGAUAUGGACCGAUGUCUUUUGACCAUCGAUCUCAGAAAAUAUUUCAUCACACUUGGUCUGAGAAGCAUGAAAUGGGAUGAAUGGAUUGAACUCGAUAACCACUACCUGAAAUACCACGCCGACAAAGCACGGCGCAUCAAAGAGCGCGGAAGCAAAUGCUGCCACACAUCACCAGAAGCAAUGGACGCUGCAAUUGAACUUCUCGAAGAACUAUGCACAUACCUCCCAGAAAGAUACCCAAGCAUGUUCGAGAAGAUCCCAGAAGGAAUAACCAACAAAGUAACCAAUGAAACCUUCAACAUAACCCAGCGCCCCUUGCCCGAAGACCCAAUGGCCACAGCCGCCCGCCUAGUCCAAGACGACUUAGCCAUCAUGAUCGAGCGUCCAGACGGCGAAUACUACCUACUAGCCGGCGCAAUUCUCCUAGCAGGCUUCUGGCGACUAAGCGACAAAUUCGGCAUGCGACUCUCUGAAAUCCACACAUCGGGCGACGUCCCCCAAUACAAAAACAAGCUAGAGAAGGGAAUGAUGAAUUUCUUCCGUCGGCUGCGUCCCGAGGACCCCGUUCUGCGGAAUAACUACUUCAUCCAGGUCGAUGAUGACCUGGCUUGGUCGCAUAGUAUUGGGCCUGAGGAUGCGGACGUUGUAUCGUGGGGAACGGCGGAGAAGAAUCGCGCUAUUGAGAAUCAUUUCUUUCGGUCGGAGAGGCAGUCGCUUAGGAGGUUGCCGAGGUCUGGCGCGGUGGUUUUUACAAUUCGCACUUAUUUCGAACCUAUCACUGAGGUUGCGAAGGAGCCGUUUGUGCCUGGGAGAUUGGCUAGUGCGGUUAGAAGUUGGGGGGAGGAUGUUAGUCGGUAUAAGGGGAAGGAGAAGUAUCAGGAUGUUUUGUUGGAGUAUUUGGAUUUGAAGCAUCGGGAGCAGGUUGAUCGGGGGUUGGAGGUUGAAAAGGAGGACGAGUUUCGAAGUUAUCCCUUUUGA